AAUUUUUGUUCUAUACUGGGAGCCGGCGUGCGGCCAAGAAGAGCCCAAGGAUUUUUUCUUGGUUGAUGGUAACAGUUUAUGCCGGCAGUUGUAUACGACUUUGGUACGUGCACCGAUUUUUCUUUUUGGCGGCUUUUUAAUGAUAAUUUAAUGCGACGAGGGAAGGGAAUCAUCCGUGGGUCAUACGACACUAUCCCUGAAUGGACGGACGGCUCGAUUUUGCUAGAAAGAUUGCAGAAAAAAAUCAUUGUAUCGUGCAGCCGUGGGAAGAAGGCGCGGUGGGACUAGGGCCGGCCGCUGCUCCACACCUUCCCCUCUCGCCGCUCCCCCUCGUGUGGUCGUGCCUUCCACAUUAAGGCGCAGCCGACGCUCCCCUCUUCUCUCUACAUACAACGCUCCUGUCCAUUUCUGUCUUGGUAAUUGCCGGGUAUUUACAAACACCAUACACCGAUAUAUUAGGGUUUCCCAUCCCAAUCCCAAUUCCAUCCAUUCGACGGGGGCUAAGAUGUCGUCGUCGGACAGCGGCGUGGUGACAGUGUACGGGGGGAACGACGGGGGGUCAGCGCUGACGGAGCCGGGGGUGAAGAAGACGUCGACGUUCUCGGUGAAGGUAGGGCUGGCGCAGAUGCUGCGGGGCGGGGUGAUCAUGGACGUGGUGAGCCCUGAGCAGGCACGUGUGGCGGAGGAGGCCGGGGCGUGCGCGGUGAUGGCCCUGGAGCGCGUCCCGGCGGACAUCAGGGCUGGGGCCGGGGUGGCCCGUAUGAGCGACCCGGGGCUGAUCAAGGAGAUCAAGCGCGCGGUGACCAUCCCGGUGAUGGCCAAGGCCCGCAUCGGGCACUUCGUGGAGGCCCAGAUCCUGGAGGCCAUCGGCGUGGACUACGUGGACGAGAGCGAGGUGCUGACCCCGGCCGACGACGCCCACCAUAUCAACAAGCACAACUUCCGCGUCCCCUUCGUGUGCGGCUGCUGCGACCUCGGCGAGGCCCUCCGCCGCAUCCGCGAGGGCGCCGCCAUGAUCCGCACCAAGGGCGAGGCCGGCACCGGCAACAUCGUCGAGGCUGUCCGCCACGUCCGCUCCGUCAUGGGCGAUAUCCGCUCCCUCCGCAACAUGGACGACGACGAGGUCUUCACCUUCGCCAAGCGCACCGCCGCCCCCUACGACCUUGUCAUGCAGACCAAGCAACUCGGCCGCCUCCCCGUCGUCCACUUCGCCGCCGGCGGCAUAGCCACCCCCGCCGACGCCGCCCUCAUGAUGCAGCUCGGCUGCGACGGCGUCUUUGUCGGUUCUGGCAUCUUUAAGAGCGGCGACCCGCCUCGGCGCGCCCGCGCCAUCGUCCAGGCCAUCACCCACUACAGCGACCCCGACAUCCUAGCCGAGGUCUCCUGUGGCCUCGGAGAGGCCAUGGUCGGGAUCAACCUCAACGGCGACGCCAAGGUCGAGUGGUUCGCCGCCCGCUCUGAAUAAUAAUACAUAGAUUAUUAGACAGACUGCAGGCAGGCAGUGCGUUCGACUUUGAUCGAUGGUGCGACCGCUAUGGCGAUGGCGGUGACGGCUCUGCUCUGCUCUACUCUUUCCCAUUCGCCUUUUUUUUCUUUGCUAUGGUUUUGGUUUGCUUUCGUUUUCCCCUUUUUCCUUUUUUUUAGGUCUUAUAUGAAUGAAGUUACAAUCUACUCUUGUAGCAAGUACAGCUGAAAACAUUGCUUCUCUUUUUCUUC